CAUGCCGCUCCCGAGGUUCAAAUUUGGCGGCGGGAGGCACCGGGAGGAGCAGAGCGCAGAUUGGCGGGGUCGGCGGAGCCACCAGUGAGGAGAUGCUGAAGUUCAAGUAUGGAGCGCGGAAUCUGCAGGAUGCUGGUGCAGCCGAUCCCAUUGCCAGCCGGGCCUCCAGGCUGAAUCAUUUCUUCCAGGGGAAACCACCCUCCAUGACUCAACAGCAGAUGUCUCCUCUUUCCCGAGAAGGGGUAUUAGAUGCCCUCUUUGUUCUCUUUGAAGAAUGCAGUCAGCCUGCUCUGAUGAAGAUGAAGCAUGUGAGCAACUUUGUCUGCAAGUAUUCUGACGCCAUAGCUCAGUUACAGGGGCUCCAGCCUUCAGCAAAGGACUUUGAAGUCAGAAGUCUUGUAGGUUGUGGUCACUUUGCCGAAGUGCGGGUGGUAAGCGAGAGAGCAACUGGGGACAUCUAUGCCAUGAAAGUCAUGAAGAAGAAGGCCUUGCUGGCUCAGGAGCAGGUUUCGUUUUUUGAGGAGGAACAGAACAUAUUAUCCCAGAGCACAAGUUCCUGGAUUCCCCAGUUACAGUAUGCCUUUCAGGACAAAAAUAACCUUUAUCUGGUCAUGGAAUAUCUGCCUGGAGGGGACUUGCUGUCACUUUUGAAUAGAUACGAGGACCAAUUAGAUGAGAAUAUGAUUCAGUUUUACCUAGCCGAACUGAUUUUGGCUGUCCACAGUGUUCAUCAGAUGGGCUAUGUACAUCGAGACAUCAAGCCUGAGAACAUUCUCAUUGACCGAACGGGACACAUCAAGCUGGUGGAUUUUGGAUCGGCUGCUAAAAUGAACUCAAAUAAGAUGGUGAAUGCCAAACUCCCGAUUGGGACCCCAGAUUACAUGGCCCCUGAGGUGUUGACCGUGAUGAAUGGGGAUGGAAAAGGUGUCUACAGUCUAGACUGUGACUGGUGGUCAGUGGGAGUGAUUGCUUAUGAGAUGGUUUAUGGAAGGUCACCAUUCACCGAAGGAACCUCAGCCAGGACCUUCAAUAACAUCAUGAAUUUCCAGCGGUUUUUGAAGUUUCCAGAUGACCCCAAAGUUAGUAGUGAACUACUUGACCUGAUUCAGAGUUUGUUGUGUGGCCAGAAAGAAAGACUGAAGUUUGAAGGCCUUUGCUGCCAUCCUUUCUUCUCUAAAAUCGACUGGAAUGACAUUCAUAACUCUCCUCCCCCCUUCGUUCCCACCCUCAAGUCUGAUGAUGACACCUCCAAUUUUGAUGAACCAGAGAAGAAUUCGUGGGUUUCAUCCUCUCCGUGCCAGCUGAACCUCUCAGGUUUCUCUGGGGAAGAACUGCCGUUUGUGGGGUUUUCGUACAGCAAGGCACUGGGGAUUCUUGGUAGAUCUGAGUCUAUUGUGUCAAGUCUGGACUCCCCUGCCAAGACUAGCUCCAUGGAAAAGAAACUUCUCAUCAAAAGCAAAGAACUGCAAGACUCCCAGGACAAGUGUCACAAGAUGGAGCAGGAAAUGACCCGGUUACAUCGGAGAGUGUCAGAGGUGGAGGCCGUGCUUAGUCAGAAGGAGGUGGAGCUGAAGGCCUCUGAGACUCAGAGAUCCCUCCUGGAGCAGGACCUUGCUACCUACAUCACAGAAUGCAGUAGCUUAAAGCGAAGUUUGGAGCAAGCGCGGAUGGAGGUGUCCCAGGAGGAUGACAAAGCACUGCAGCUUCUCCAUGAUAUCAGAGAGCAGAGCCGGAAGCUCCAAGAAAUCAAAGAGCAGGAGUACCAGGCUCAAGUGGAAGAAAUGAGAUUGAUGAUGAAUCAGUUGGAGGAGGACCUGGUUUCUGCAAGAAGACGGAGCGAUCUCUAUGAAUCAGAGCUGAGAGAGUCCCGGCUCGCCGCUGAAGAGUUCAAGCGGAAAGCCACAGAAUGUCAGCAUAAACUGAUGAAGGCUAAGGAUCAAGGGAAGCCUGAAGUAGGAGAAUAUUCCAAACUGGAGAAGAUCAAUGCUGAGCAGCAGCUCAAAAUUCAGGAACUCCAAGAGAAACUGGAAAAGGCAGUAAAGGCCAGCACAGAGGCCACGGAGCUGCUGCAGAAUAUCCGCCAGGCAAAGGAACGAGCUGAGCGUGAGCUAGAGAAGCUGCAGAACCGCGAAGAUUCUUCUGAGGGCAUAAAAAAGAAGCUGGCUGAAGCCGAGGAACGCCGCCAUUCUCUGGAGAACAAGGUAAAGAGGCUAGAGACCAUGGAGCGUAGAGAAAACAGACUGAAGGAUGACAUCCAGACAAAAUCCCAACAGAUCCAGCAGAUGGCUGAUAAAAUUCUGGAGCUGGAGGAGAAGCAUCGGGAGGCCCAGGUCUCAGCCCAGCACCUGGAGGUGCACCUGAAACAGAAGGAGCAGCACUAUGAGGAAAAAAUUAAAGUGUUGGACAACCAGAUAAAGAAAGACCUGGCUGAUAAGGAGAGUCUGGAGAAUCUGAUGCAGAGACACGAAGAGGAGGCCCAUGAGAAGGGCAAAAUUCUCAGCGAGCAGAAGGCGAUGAUCAAUGCUAUGGAUUCUAAGAUCCGAUCCCUGGAACAGAGGAUCGUUGAACUGUCAGAAGCCAAUAAACUUGCAGCAAACAGCAGUCUUUUUACGCAGAGGAACAUGAAGGCCCAAGAAGAGAUGAUUUCAGAACUCAGGCAACAGAAGUUUUACCUGGAGACGCAGGCCGGGAAAUUGGAGGCCCAGAACCGAAAGCUGGAGGAGCAGCUGGAAAAAAUCAGCCACCAAGACCACAGCGAUAAGAAUCGGCUGCUGGAGCUGGAGACAAGGUUGAGGGAGGUUAGUCUCGAGCACGAGGAGCAGAAACUGGAGCUGAAGCGCCAGCUCACAGAGCUGCAGCUCUCCCUGCAAGAGCGUGAGUCCCAGCUGAGCGCCCUGCAGGCUGCCCGGGCGGCCCUGGAGAGCCAGCUUCGCCAGGCAAAGACGGAGUUGGAAGAGACGACAGCAGAGGCAGAAGAAGAGAUCCAGGCGCUCACGGCGCAUAGAGAUGAAAUCCAGCGCAAAUUUGAUGCCCUUCGUAACAGCUGUACUGUGAUCACAGACCUGGAGGAGCAGCUCAACCAGCUGACCGAGGACAACGCCGAGCUUAACAACCAAAAUUUCUACUUGUCCAAACAACUCGAUGAGGCUUCUGGCGCCAAUGACGAGAUAGUACAGCUACGAAGUGAAGUGGACCAUCUCCGCCGUGAGAUCACGGAGAGAGAGAUGCAGCUCACCAGCCAGAAGCAGACGAUGGAGGCGCUGAAGACCACUUGCACAAUGCUGGAAGAGCAGGUCAUGGACUUGGAGGCCCUGAACGAUGAGCUGCUGGAGAAGGAGCGCCAGUGGGAGGCGUGGAGGAGCGUCCUCGGCGAUGAGAAGUCCCAGUUUGAGUGUCGGGUUCGAGAGUUACAGAGGAUGCUGGACACGGAGAAACAGAGCAGGGCAAGAGCUGAUCAGCGGAUCACCGAGUCACGCCAGGUGGUAGAGCUGGCAGUGAAGGAACACAAGGCCGAGAUUCUUGCUCUGCAGCAGGCUCUCAAAGAACAGAAGCUAAAAGCUGAGAGCCUCUCUGACAAGCUCAAUGACCUGGAGAAGAAACAUGCCAUGCUUGAAAUGAAUGCCCGAAGUUUACAGCAGAAACUGGAGACUGAACGAGAGCUCAAACAAAGGCUCCUAGAAGAGCAAGCCAAAUUACAGCAGCAGAUGGACCUGCAGAAGAAUCAUAUUUUCCGUCUGACUCAAGGGCUGCAAGAAGCUCUAGAUCGGGCUGAUCUGCUGAAGACAGAAAGGAGUGAUCUUGAAUAUCAGCUAGAAAACAUUCAGGUUCUCUAUUCUCAUGAGAAGGUGAAAAUGGAAGGUACUAUCUCUCAACAAACCAAACUCAUUGAUUUUCUGCAAGCGAAAAUGGACCAACCUGCUAAAAAGAAAAAGGGUUUAUUUAGUCGACGGAAAGAGGACCCUGCUUUGCCCACACAGGUUCCUCUGCAGUACAAUGAGCUGAAGGUGGCUCUGGAGAAGGAGAAAGCUCGCUGUGCAGAGCUAGAGGAAGCCCUUCAGAAGACCCGCAUCGAGCUCCGGUCUGCCAGGGAGGAAGCUGCCCACCGGAAGGCCACAGAUCACCCGCACCCAUCUACGCCAGCCACAGCGAGGCAGCAGAUCGCCAUGUCCGCCAUCGUGCGGUCCCCCGAGCACCAGCCCAGUGCCAUGAGCCUGCUGGCCCCGCCAUCCAGCCGCAGAAAGGAGUCUUCAACUCCAGAGGAAUUCAGUCGACGUCUUAAGGAGCGCAUGCACCACAAUAUUCCUCACCGAUUUAACGUAGGACUGAACAUGCGAGCCACAAAGUGUGCUGUUUGUCUGGAUACUGUGCACUUUGGACGCCAGGCAUCCAAAUGUCUAGAAUGUCAGGUGAUGUGUCAUCCCAAGUGCUCCACGUGCUUGCCAGCUACCUGUGGCCUGCCAGCUGAAUAUGCCACGCACUUCACUGAGGCCUUCUGCCGUGACAAAAUGAACUCCCCAGGUCUCCAGACCAAGGAACCCAGCAGUGGCUUGCACCUGGAAGGGUGGAUGAAGGUGCCCAGGAAUAACAAACGAGGACAGCAAGGCUGGGACAGGAAGUACAUUGUCCUGGAGGGAUCGAAAGUCCUCAUUUAUGACAGUGAAGCCAGAGAAGCUGGACAGAGGCCGGUGGAAGAAUUUGAGCUGUGCCUUCCCGAUGGGGAUGUAUCUAUUCAUGGCGCCGUUGGUGCUUCUGAACUUGCAAAUACAGCCAAAGCAGAUGUCCCUUACGUACUGAAGAUGGAAUCUCACCCGCACACCACCUGCUGGCCCGGGAGAACUCUCUACUUGCUGGCUCCCAGCUUCCCCGACAAACAGCGCUGGGUCACCGCCUUAGAAUCAGUUGUCGCAGGUGGGAGAGUUUCUAGGGAAAAAGCAGAAGCCGAUGCUAAAUUGCUUGGAAACUCCCUGUUGAAACUGGAAGGUGAUGACCGUCUAGACAUGAACUGCACACUGCCCUUCAGCGACCAGGUGGUGUUGGUGGGCACAGAGGAAGGGCUGUACGCACUGAAUGUCUUGAAAAACUCCCUCACCCAUGUCCCAGGAAUUGGAGCCGUCUUCCAAAUUUAUAUCAUCAAGGAUCUAGAGAAGCUCCUCAUGAUAGCAGGUGGUAGGCCAAGGACAUGGCGCUUUUUCUGCACUUUUGAAGAAACUAUUGAGAAUGGGCUGUGCAUCUGUGCAGCCAUGCCCAGCAAAGUUGUCGUUCUCCGCUACAAUGAAAACCUCAGCAAGUACUGCAUUCGGAAGAUUGAGAAUGGGCUGUGCAUCUGUGCAGCCAUGCCCAGCAAAGUUGUCGUUCUCCGCUACAAUGAAAACCUCAGCAAGUACUGCAUUCGGAAGGAGAUAGAGACCUCGGAGCCCUGCAGCUGCAUCCACUUCACCAAUUACAGUAUCCUCAUCGGAACCAAUAAAUUCUACGAAAUCGACAUGAAGCAGUACACGCUGGAGGAAUUCCUCGAUAAGAACGACCAUUCCUUGGCGCCUGCUGUGUUCGCCUCCUCUUCCAACAGCUUCCCUGUGUCGGUCGUGCAGGUGAACGGUGCAGGGCAGCGGGAGGAGUACCUGCUCUGCUUCCACGAAUUUGGGGUGUUCGUGGAUUCUUAUGGAAGACGUAGCCGCACAGAUGAUCUCAAGUGGAGUCGCUUACCUUUGGCGUUUGCCUACAGAGAACCCUAUUUGUUUGUGACCCACUUCAACUCUCUCGAAGUAAUCGAGAUCCAGGCACGCUCCUCUCUGGGGACUCCUGCCCGAGCGUAUUUGGAAAUCCCCAACCCACGCUACCUGGGUCCUGCAAUUUCCUCAGGAGCGAUUUACCUGGCAUCCUCAUACCAGGAUAAAUUAAGGGUCAUUUGCUGCAAAGGAAACCUUGUGAAGGAGUCUGGCACUGACCACCACCGGGGCCCCUCCACCUCCCGCAGCAGCCCCAACAAGCGAGGCCCACCAACGUACAACGAGCACAUCACCAAGCGUGUGGCCUCCAGCCCGGCGCCCCCGGAAGGGCCCAGCCACCCUCGAGAGCCAAGCACACCGCACCGCUACCGCGAGGGGCGGACGGAGCUGCGCAGGGACAAGUCCCCCGGCCGCCCCCUGGAGCGGGAGAAGUCCCCGGGCCGGAUGCUCAGCACGCGGAGGGAGCGGUCCCCUGGGAGGCUGUUUGAGGACAGCAGCCGGGGCCGGCUGCCUGUAGGAGCUGUGAGGACCCCCCUGUCCCAGGUCAACAAGGUCUGGGACCAGUCUUCAGUAUAAAUCUCAGCCAGAAAAACCAACUCCUCAUCUUAAUCUGCAGGAAAAUACCAAACACACUCUGGAACUCUGCUGAAGGGGACCCCAGCGCCCAUCUGCUCAGCCACUCCUGGCACACCGGGACCAGGACCCGGACCCACCUCAGCACGGACACCCUGCAUCCAGGAGGUGCAGGAGCUGAAGCCCCUGGGAGCUGUCGGCACCUUCCUGCAGUCAUCCUCUUUGCACUUUGUUACUCUUUCAAAGCAUUCAUAAACUUUUGUACCUAGCUCUAGCCUGUACCAGUUCAUCAAAGAGACCAACCAGGCACUAACUACAACUACAGGUGGUUAGAAUCCUAAUAGCUACUUUAAGAUCUUAGGGUUGGUUGGUUUUCCUUUUGUUUUUUUUCCUUUCCUUUCUUUUUUUUUUUUUAAAGACAGCAGAAUUCUUAGUAGAUUUGAAUAGCAAUGUAUUUCCUGUUGUAGUCAUUUUUAGCUAGAUCAUACCAUCAGGUCUUUGCUACUGAAAUGUAUUGUAGAAGAGUCCCUGCCAGUUGGCUAGCCUCCCACACCAAUGUAGGUUCAUUCUCGUUCUAGCCCAUCCUCACAGAUGGCCCUGUUUUACCCAGGGUGACAUCCUAGCCAAAUGUUUACUGUUAUCAUUGCCUUUUAUGGCCUUGACGACUUCCCCUCCCACCAGCUGAGAAUGUACGGAGGUCAUCAGGCCUCAGCUCGGAGGCCGUGACUUGGGGCCAAGGGACCUCGAGGAGCUUUCCCUCCCCGCCCCUCAGCGUCAUCUUCCCAGCUUGCUGUCCCCGCCUUCCAUGUAGCUUUGGUCAGGAAAGCAUGCAAUAGACUUGCUCUGAGCCCAGCAUUCGUGGGUGUCUGGUGGUAUGGACCUCCUGUCCAUGACGGUAUGUGGUUCCCACCCUAGGAAGGGAAGGGACCCGUCUGGGAGUUCUGCAUGGCAGCUCGCUGCAUGUGCCGCCCCAACCUGGCUGCUCUGCCAAUGUACCAGUACCAUACCAUAGCUCCCGCCGAACCGAGACCCUCUGACCACUUGCCAGCUCACUGGCCACAAGCUGCAGUCUGUAGCACUGAACAAACAAAAAACCAAACGCUCAAGCCUUACGACCAGAGAAGGAUUUCAGCAAACCACCACCUCACACUUUCAUGCUUCCCUGCCAGCUCCCUUGAGGAUGACUCUGCGUUCACACAAAAUCCAGCACAGUUCUACCCCCAGGAAACUGUGAUUUCCCACAUGAGCCUUUCCCUAGGGCUAGACUAAGACCACAAAGUUUGAGAAGGAAGCUGCAGCUCAACGCCUCCACCUCUGCUGGGGCUGGGAAGUCCUCCCGAGGGGCGGUGCGGCUCCCACAGCUUGUCUCUGCCCUGUCAGAGUGUGAAAUUCCUGGCCACUGGCAAAGAACCAACCUGGAGGCUCUGCAGUUGGCAAGCUGACUAGCGGCCUUAUUUCUGCCUUUAAUCUCCCGCAAGGUAUUGCUUGUUUCGGAUUCUCCAUGACCUUUAGGCAUGCCUUGAACAAUCAAGGCUCAUCCUAGGUAGGCUGAAAGGUGGACCUGCUGCCAUGGCAGCAGGUGAACAUGACCAUGUUUCAACCCUUGUGUCCACAGUUCAGAUCAUUUUCCAGCCGCAACCUGGCCCAAAUCCUGGCUCCUUCCUGCUCGUCUCUUAACCUAAGUGCUUUCUUGUUUGAGAUGCCGACGACCUUCUGUUUGUGUUGUCGCAACUUUGGCAAGUGUCAUGCUUUCAUGUUUUAUGUGUUGCUUGGAGUCUUUGGGGUCAUACUGCAUCUUUGCCCUCCCCCAGAGCACAUCUGACAAUUUUUGCUGAAGUUUUUGUCUCUUGGUCCACAAGUAUUUGGAAAGGUUACUAAAGGUUGCUCUCUUAGUCUUGGCAUUUCAUGUAGGAUCUCCAUGAGAAAUGGGCUUCCUGGGCCCUGAAAGUGUAUAUUGUGUGUCUCAUUUGUGAAAUGCUUCCUGCUAUAGAACUAGUUCAAAAAACUGUACAUAUUUACAAGAAACUUUAUAUUCGUAAAAAAAAAAAGGAAAUUGAAUUGGUUUCUACUUUUUUAUUGUAAAAGGUGCAUUUUUCAACACUUACUUUUGGUUUCAACGGUGGUAGUUGUGGACAGCCAUCUUCAUUGGAGGGUGGGGAGCUCCGUGUGACCACCAAGAUGCCAGCAGGAAAUAUUGUAACACAAAAUUGCAGUCAAAAGCUUAUUAGCAUAAGUAAGAGUCUAGGUCUCCAGAAGUACAGGCUUUUUCUUCAUUACCUUUUUUAUUCAGAACAAAGGAAAAAGAACACAAGGAACAAUUCAAGAAAUCAAGAUCCACCUUGAGAGGAAUGAACUUUGUUGUUGAACAAUAGUGAAAUAAAGCGAUGAUCUAAAAUGUU